GUGGCAGUCGAUAUGGAAUUUGCCAAAAACAUGUAUGAGUUGCACAAGAAGGUGUCUCCUAGUGAGAUCAUCUUGGGCUGGUACGCAACAGGCCAUGACAUCACAGAACACUCUGUCCUGAUCCAUGAGUAUUACAGCCGGGAAGCACACAAUCCAAUCCACCUCACUGUGGACACGAGUCUCCAGAAUUCACGCAUGAGCAUUAAAGCCUACGUCAGUGCCCCAAUGGGAGUCCCUGGUAAAACUAUGGGCGUGAUGUUCACACCUCUAACAGUGAAAUAUGUUUAUUAUGAUACAGAGAGGAUAGGAGUGGAUCUUAUCAUGAAGACUUGUUUUAGCCCUAAUCGAGUGAUUGGCUUGUCCAGUGACUUACAGCAGGUGGGAUCAGCGUCAGCCAGGAUUCAGGAUACCCUGACCAUGGUGCUGCAGUAUGCAGAGGAUGUAUUGUCUGGCAAAGUGGCUGCUGACAACACUGUCGGGCGUUUCCUGAUGGAUCUUAUUAACCAGGUGCCAAAGAUUUCACCAGAGGACUUUGAGACAAUGUUGAACAGCAAUAUCAAUGACUUACUGAUGGUAACCUACUUAGCAAACCUCACACAGUCACAGAUUGCUCUCAACGAAAAACUUCUGAGUUUAUAAAGAAACUUCUGCCACCCUACACUUCAAAGAGCCUGAAGAAUGAGCAGUUACUUUUCUAUGGUGGUGUUACAAAUUUCCUUGGACCCUAAUCUAAUUACCUAGAUGACUUGGUUUACAUCUUUAUUUCCAUUGCCCUGAAAAAUCCCUAACAUGGUUUAGGAAAUGAAUGGGAACGGCUGCAGUUUAGUUGAGCCCAGUAUUUUAAAAUGGAGUACGUGAAUCUUUUGUCUCCUGAGUUUAUCUUCUUGUAUAACAAAAUACAGCUUUAUUGUAAGAAUGUAUUUGAAAUAAAAGUUCCAUUGCAAUGGCAAGAA